AUGGCAAAUACUGAAGUUGUAGCGUGGGGUGGAAGCAACGAAAAACGCGACUUCUUCCGCAAUAUUGAUGCUGUCCGACACCGCGCCCUACGAUCCAAAACUAUCCAAACCUCGUUUAGAUCUACUGGUAUCUGGCCACUAGAUCCUAAACAAGUUUUGGAUAAUUUAGGGCGGUAUUCGGACGAAGAGAUCUUACGCAUGUACGAUGAGCCGUCACCCGCCCGCGAAUUCCCAAGUUCAGCGACCAAUUCUCCGCCCAAUUCUUAUACGCGCAUUGAAAAAUUAGAGAAGACGGUUUUCCCACUACUUGAUGACCCGACCCCUGAUUUACGAAAAAUUCGGAAGCACGUACGGCGCGCAAUUGAUGCCGGAAAAUCGUCUCUGUAUAAUGCGGAACUUGCAGAGAUGAGCCUUACACGCGCCCUUAGCCACAAAACGCCUGGGAAAAAGCCAACAAGCAAGCGCUGGGUAAAGGGAGCUACGAAGAGCCCUCUUUCAUCAAUUUCAGGAAAUAGGCUAGUACAGCGUAGGUGUGAGAAGGAAGAUGAGUCGAAGCUUCGUGCUUGGCGGAAAGACGCAGAGAAAAUGGCGGCCGAUUUGGCGGCUAAGGAAUUGGAGGAAACAGCUGGAAAUGAGGAGGAUGAUACAUUAUUCGCUAAUGAAGCUAUUGAUGGGCUUUAUUUCAUGGAUCCUGGACCUUAUACGCCUAGAAAAUGA